GUUAUGCCAUUUUGAUAUUCAAUGUCAAAUUUAAAUUUAUAGGACUCAGUUUUGAUUUUAACAGUUUAUUUUAAAUUAUUUUACUUUGGCUAUAGGGAAAAUUAGAAUAAUGAUCAUUUUAAAAUGUUUUGCUUUCAUGUUAUUUGCCCUGCUCAAAAUCCAAGCCAAAAACUCUACCCGUAUUAUUAACGGAUCAAAUGCUAAGCUAGGCCAGUUUCCUUCCAUUGUGAUCAUACAAAGCCACACUUCAUCGCGCUUUCUUUGCGGUGGGACGCUCGCUACUCUGAGAUAUGUGUUAUCUGCAGCGCACUGUUUUCGCCAUGUCUCCAUUAAAAGUCUCGUUAUUAAAACAGGUGUGGUGAGAAGAAUGACACUUGUACCAUGGUCACAAAUAUUCAGUGUAGUUGCUAUAAAAUCUCAUGAGCUGUACAGCCCAGGGUACACGAGGUUCGAUUAUGCCCUCCUGAAGUUGAAUAAAGAGGCUGUAAAAACUCGAGUGGUGUACCCGCUUCCACUUGCGACCAGUAGGCCAGAAAAUGCAACAAAAUGCCAAACCGCUGGAUGGGGAGUACAGUCUGAAUAUAGCGAACAUUUUUCAAGAUAUUUGAAAUACGUUGAUAUUUACCUGAUUGACUACGAAACAUGCAUAUCGACAUUCCCAUUUCCAGUUCAGAAUGAAAGCCAGAUUUGUGCAGGAGUACCUGGUAGAAAAUAUGACGCCUGCCAGGGUGAUUCUGGAGGUCCUUUGAUUUGUGACGGAGUAGUCGCGGGAAUUGUUUCCACCGGAAUAGGGUGUGCUAGGAAAGGAUACUAUGGUAUUUACGCAGAUGUAGCCGCAGAGAAGUGCUGGAUCGAUACAAACAUAAGGGCAUGGGAAGAAGCUAGUGUCGAUGGAAGCAAACCGCUGGCGAUGGCUUUGGAUAUUUACCAGGGACUUAGUUUUCCGGUUUAUAUUAUUUAUUUUAACUUUAAUUAAAUUAAAUAAGCAUAAAUUUCCCAUU